GUGUCGCAUUCUUCUCCAAAUCCAUGACGAGUUGCUACUCGAGGUCCGCGAAGAUGCACUCUCAUACGUUCUGCCGGCUGUUGUAGAUGCGAUGACGCAGCCUAGUGCUGAUAUUCAGCCUAUACUUAAGGUGAGUAUCUUCAUCUAUUCCUCUGCAUAGUUGUUAUUUAUAUAUCUUGAAUAGAAAUUGAAUUUGAAGUAAUUAACAGUAAUUCGUCAACGUGGUUUUAAUCGUACUAAUAUUUCUUCAUCAUGAUCUGAGGCAUGUUUGUCCUGUGACCGUCUGCUGAGAUCUUUCCCAAUUUCUCAAGAAUAGAAGCUAUCUUUUGGGAUACCAUUUGGGUGCAAGACCAGCAUUUAAUUACUUAUGAGUAAGUGCUGCUCAUGCUCUAGCUCUCCGAUAGUAGUUAGAUGCCGGAGCACAUUAAUGAUUUCCCAACCUGCUCUAUCUCUAACGCAUCGUUGAAAGUAAAGUGUCGCGUCGGAGCGGACUGGGGAAGUCUCGAGGAAGUCCAGGUGUAACAUCAUGCUAGGCGGGGCUACCUCUAGUAGAUGAAGAGAGGAAAAAAUGAUAAUGAAGCAGGCUCGGAGAAUGGAAUGCUGAUCCUGAUGCGGAAAAGAUUUCAUAGGGUCAAUUGUAUUUGUAGUACAAAGAUUUGUCGCUUAUUGUUUGUUCGUGCUAAUGAAUAAUCGCUAAUAAACUAACUUAGAAGCGACUUCAAGCCUCGUGCUGCACUUUUGGUAGAUAUUGAACGAAGUGCCGUGUUCUGCCCUGUGGUAUCUAUGUUACUGUGGAAAGACUAAAAAUGGAAUGGAUGUUUUGUUGUCGGUCGUGCUGUUGUGCUUGUGAUUUUUUGCUCUUGCAGUCUGGUAUCGAUUGCAAAAGGUCGCGCAAACCGACGACUGAGUUGGAG